CGGCACCUGGGAUAUCCGAUGUCAUUAACUACUGACGCUUUUGUUGUUCCAUCAAGACAACAGAGAUGGAGAAUACUUGGCAAGCCUUUUUAAACAACCUGGACGAAUAGGUCUGAACUUUUAAUUGAGUUAUUUGUGAUUGGGGUGGAUAUCAUCGUAACGUUGCAGAAAGUGUGGUAUGUCAGUCGAGUGUCCAGGUUGAAGCCAAAGGAAUUCCAAGCACGGUGAAGAAGAAAGGAUGUCUUGCUCAAACUGUGGGAUAACUUUGCUUAACAGCUCCAUGGGGAGCCUGAAUCCUGUCACCCUGACUCAUGUGUCUGUCUGACCGAGCUCACGUUGCGGGAAUAGCGCUCGGUGGCGAAUUUCCAAACAUCGAAGUGAGUUAGCCACGUAGCUACGUAGCCUCCUGCGGGAAGAAGACAUUUAAAAUGGCGGAAGACUGGCCCCUUCCCUCGGCCUUCGUCUACUUGCUUCUUCUGAGUGUGAAUGCCUGGGCCACCCACUCGUGUCCGUCACCUUGCUCUUGCUACAAGGGCCCAGACGGGCUCCAAGUCCUAGACUGCAACAAGAAGAGGUUGUCGGAGGCUCUUUUGGAUCUUCCAGAGGGCAUCAACCAAGUCACAAUGAACCACAAUGACCUGACAGCUCUUCCCUUCCUUGGGGACUCCUACAACAUCACAUCACUGUCAUUAGUACACAAUCGGAUCUCAGAGCUUUCCAUGCAUCACCUGCAGCCGUACGAGUCCCUGGAGACGCUGGACCUGACGUCAAACUUCCUUUCAGAGCUCAGAGUAGGAUCUUUCCCCUCAAUGCAGCUGAAAUAUCUGAAUUUGAGUAAUAACAAGAUCAGCGUCCUGGAGGCCGGCUGCUUCGACAACAUCUCCAACACUCUCCUAGUGUUGAAGUUGAACAGGAACAGACUGACUGUGCUGCCAUCCAAAGUUUUCAGACUGCCAAGUCUUCAGUUUCUUGAAAUGAAGCGUAACAAGAUCAAGAGCGUGGACAGCCUGACUUUUAAAGGGAUGGACUCGCUGAGGUCGCUGAAGUUGCAAAGAAAUGGCAUCACCAAGCUCAUGGAUGGAGCCUUUUUUGGACUAAUCAGCAUGGAAGAACUAGAGCUGGAACACAACAACCUUACUGAGGUGAACAAAGGUUGGCUGUAUGGCUUGCGCAUGCUGCGUAUCCUGCGGGUCAGCCAGAAUGCCGUAGGCAUCAUUCGACCAGACGCUUGGGAGUUUUGCCAAAAGUUGGAGGAGCUGGACCUGUCCUUCAAUCAUCUGACCAGGCUGGAAGAGACUGCUUUUGUAGGAUUAGGUCUCCUGGAGAGCCUGAACCUUGGUGAGAACUCCAUCAGCCACCUGGGAGAACGAGUGUUCAGCAGUCUGAGCAAUCUGCGCACGCUAGACAUCCACAAUAACGUCAUUUCCUGGGCCAUUGAAGACUCCAUCAGUGUUUUUGAUGGAAUGAAAAAGCUGAACACACUAAUCUUACAGCAGAACAAAAUCAAGUCAAUCACCAAGAAUGCCUUUGAGGGUCUAGAUGAGUUGGAACAUCUGGAUCUCAGUAGGAAUGACAUCAUGUCAAUACACCCCGAGGCACUACUUCACACAAAGCUUAAAGUCUUCAUCCUCAACACGAGCAGCCUCCUGUGCGACUGCCACAUGCAGUGGUUUGGGCCCUGGCUCAGCAACAGCCAUUUCCAGCUGCCUGUGUCUGCCAUCUGUGCCCAUCCUACCAGCCUGCUCGGACGCAAUGUCCUUUCUAUAAGCCCAGUAGACUUUGUUUGUGAUGACUUCCCCAAGCCUUGGAUCAUCACUCAUCCUGAGACGUCAGUAGUGCUGCGGGGCUACAACAUGACUCUGACCUGCGUGGCAUCCAGCAGCAGCGACUCGCCAAUGAGCACGGCUUGGCGCAAAGACGGGGAGGUGCUUUACGAUGCCGAGGUGCAAAAUUACGCCCAGUACCAGGAAGGUGAGCUGAUCUACACGACAGUGCUCCACCUCCUCAAUGUCAACUUCACCGAUGAGGGACGCUACCAGUGCGUGGUGUCCAAUCACUUUGGCGCCAACUACUCUAACAGGGCCAAGCUCACUGUCAAUGAGCUGCCAUCCUUCCUUAAGACUCCCAUGGAUCUGACUAUUAGGACUGGGACCAUGGCCAGGCUGGAGUGUGCUGCAGAAGGACACCCCUCGCCGCAGAUCACCUGGCAGAAGGACGGCGGCACUGACUUCCCUGCCGCCCGGGAGCGCAGGAUGCAUGUGAUGCCGGACGACGACAUCAUCUUCAUUGCCAAUGUGAAAACUGAAGACAUGGGGGUGUACAGCUGCACAGCACAGAAUGCAGCGGGCAGCUUGUCAGCCAACGCCACGCUCACCGUGCUGGAAACUCCAUCAUUUAUGCGGCCCCUGGAAGACAGAACAGUGGCCAGAGGCGAAACUGCUGUGCUUCAGUGCAUUGCCGGAGGCAGCCCUGCACCUCGCCUAAACUGGACCAAAGACGACGGGCCUCUGGUACUCACCGAACACCACUUUUUUGCGGCAGCCAACCAACUCCUAAUCAUCGUCGACGCCGGCCCCGCAGACGCUGGGAAGUACACUUGCAUUAUGUCCAACACCCUGGGAACAGAGCGCGGCCACAUCUACCUGAGUGUCACACCUUCGCCCAACUGCGACUCUGGCGUGGUGUACGACCAGGACGGCUGGACCACUGUGGGCAUUGUUGUUAUUGUGGUGGUGUGCUGUGUGGUCGGGACCUCGCUAGUCUGGGUCAUUGUCAUCUAUCACAUGCGCCGGAAGAGCGAAGACUACAGCAUCACCAACACAGAUGAGAUGAAUUUACCAGCUGACAUCCCCAGCUAUCUCUCCUCUCAGGGGACUUUGUCAGAACCUCCAGAAGGCUACAGUAGCUCUGAGGCAGGCAGCCACCAGCAGCUAAUGCCUCCUCUCUCCAAUGGAUAUGUGCACAAGGGCACUGAUGGCGUGUGCUACGGAGAUACAGGCAGCGAGGUGGAAACAGAAGGUAACGGACGGCUUCACUACCGAGUGGGAUCUUUGUUCACUGGUCAUAGCAGCUUCCACCCCUCGGAGGCUCGUGACGGACCAGCUGCAGCCGCCUCAGGUGCCGCCGGUUCAUUGGUCAUCUGCUCCGACUGCUACGACAAUGCCAACAUCUACUCUCGCACGCGGGAGUACUGCCCUUACUCUUACAUGGGCGAGGACGACCCGCUGGACAGAGACCUGCCGAGCCUGAAGGAGAGCUUCGGUGAGCAUGCUCGGCAAGAGGAUGCUGCUCUCGAGAGCCUCAUCAGCAAACAGGAGUCCUCCAACUUCCUCAUGUCGCAUGACAAGAGGUCGAGCAGCCACGCUUCAAUGGAAGACUGUGCUACUGGCUUUCUCAGCAGUUCACACUGGGCGGACAGGCACAACUCCAAGCCUCAACCAGGCGCCACCACUCACAGGACACUUCCUCCAGCAGGGGAGAAUGAGGAGGACGAGGAGGAGGGGGGCACACAGAACCACAGAUUAGCCUCCAAAAGGACUAACCCUCAGGACCAUCCAGCACCCACAUAAGUCACCACGCCACCCACUGGUUUGCCUGGGACCUCACCUGCCCUUUUCCUGCAUCCACUACCUCCUUAACACUCUGCCAAAGAUGCUUUCUGGAGUGUUUAUGUUCCUCUUCCUCCCAGCCACUCAGUGACCUCUUCAGAACGCCAUGAAUGUAUGCUUUAUCGGAGCCGUGCAGGAUGGGUUGGGUUUGCCUAAUCGCUCCUGCUUCUACAUUUGGGAGAUGACCAACCACUCUUUUCAAGUCAUUAAAAAUGUUUAAUUGUGGGACAACGACUCCCCCAGCAAGCAGCAAGAGGACGUCCCCUCCUGCAGACUGUACAAAGACACUGACACCACAGUGUGGUGUACCUUAUGACUACAUAUGAAUAUAUCCUUGACAUUCUUUAUGGCCUUACGCAGUCAUCAAGCCUUCCUUUUCAAGCAGUUUGGGAAGCAGGAGGAUACUUUUGUAUAUUAAUUUGCACAUGUGACAAUCAUGUUUUAAGUACUGAUCCGUUUUUCCGUCACAGCUUCCAGGCACUUAAUAUAACAGCAUUAAACUCAUGAUCCUUCUUGCUGAUGUUGAGAAAAGGUUUUUCAGGACUGUGAAAAAUGUAGAAUGUAUUGUUGUUGGGUUUUUUUAAUACAUGUAUGUAAGUCAGGGAUGUCCAAAGUUCGGCACGUAGCUCACAUUUUAUUGGCCCUCGGCAUGUUCUGAAAAUGAAAUAAAUUAGUUAUUAAAAAGAAACUAUUAGAUAUGACACUAAUAAUUAGUUGAUUUGUCACCUAUGACACAAAUACUGAGAAUGUCUUUUUUUCUUUCAAAUACCAUAUAUUGGCCUACAUUGGAUUGGUUUUAGCACCUUUUAAUGUAGAACAUACAUCAAAGUGGCCAUCUUAUCCUUCAAUUAUCAUGUAUGCGCCCUUUAAUGGGAAAACAUUUCAACACCCGUGACGUAAGUGUACGGGCUACUAAUCUAUUACCUUUUUGUCAUUAAUCUGCAGAGCUAAUCUGGAAUUGCCUCUGUGGAGAACUCUUCUCAUAAGUGCCAUUUUACGUUAAGCAAGUGGUGAGAAGUACAGUGGAACCUCCAAAGUCAAACUUCCCGUUUGUUUCCUAUGUGGAAGUUGAAUAACCCAGAGUCAAACCGGCACCUUCUGCGAGCCUUCGUUACCUGUACAGGCAAUGUUUUAAAUUACAUUUCAACAUUCUUAAUUGUCAUACAAGUGUAAAAAUAAGUUCACUUCUCCAUAAUAACACUUAUGGGACACAUUUCCCCCUGAAUUUCACAUUAUACGACUUGGGAGGUUUCACUGUUCACUCUUUUUGCUGUCAUUGUUGUGUAAUUGAGUUUAAUGCAACAUCUCCUAAAUAUUAGAAGCGACCCUCCUAUCAAUUUCCAAGCAUCCUUUGGAAAUGCUAAGUUGCUCUUUCAUGCUGGAGCUGCAAGCAAAAUGAUGUCAUCCUUUGCUUUCCAAUCGCCUUAAAAAAUGUUUUUGAUUGUUGCACUUCCAAUUAGUUUGUCUCAUUUCAACAUCUCGUGAAUUCCCUGCUAUGUUUUUGUGACCUUGCAUUGUGGGAGUGUUAAUAGGUACUGACCACUGCUGUCUGGCUAAAAGGGGACUGGUGUCCUUCUCUCUGUAAGGUACCAUUGGUGCAUUUAUGAAUUGCAUAUCAGUUUACUGAUAUUUUUUAUUGCUGAUUCCACUAAUUCAAGAUCUGUGUCUAUUUUCUUAUUCCUCUCCUCGUUUGUAUACAUUAUGGUUUUGUCUUUGUUAAACUCAUGCAGUUCAAGUAGGAAAUGUUCCACGCUAACAUGAUGUAUGUUGUCUGUUAAUGACACUUUGUUUCCUUCAAUACCAAAGUUUACCAACACAGUAAAUGCGCAUUGCUGCUUUUUUUUUAAUUUGUAUUUUUUAUUUUAUAAAUUGUAUUGCAUUUUAUUUCUAUUUUUGGACCUUGUACAUUUGUGUAAAGCAUGUCUUUUUUUUACGUAGCUAUUAUUCAAUCAGAUAUUAAACAUGAAUUGUGUUCAACUACUU